AUGGCGGCCGAAACCACGAACGGCUCAAUAUCUUCUAGAUCACCAUCGCCAGCCAGUCGACCACCUAUACCGACCGCGCCUGGACCCCGAGCAACCGCCCUCCAGAAGCUAUACGGCGACGCGAUUGCUCACGUACUCAAAACAUGCAACUACAACAACUUCAGCUCCUGCUUCCCAACAGCAGCGCAACAUGUCCCUGGCAGUGUCAAGUUCCUGCACGAGCAAUUCACCGAGAAACUGGGCGAGAGCAUGCGGAAAGAGUUCGAAGCCAUCCUUGAAGACAGACAUGUGGUGAGCAGCUUGAACGAACUUGACGGGUUAAUAGAGGAGGCGAGGAAGAGGAAGGGCAAGACGAAGGAGGGCGAGAGUGCUCCUUUGCCGCCACACACUCUACCGGCGCAGCAACUGUACCUCUCUCAUUUGGCGCCUUCGUUACAGCAGCACUCCCAGGACCUGAAGCAGCGGCAGGACGGCAUUCAAGCAGAGAACGUCGAGGUGCUGGAGCGCGUAAUGCAACAGAGACGAGAGAUCGAGGCGUUGGUGAAAGGGCUAGAGAAUGUGGUCUCGGAUCUUGAUGCCAGUGUUGCGAGCAUACAGUCCGAGGAUGCUGGCAUCGAAGGAUUGAGGGAUGAGGUUAGGGAAGUGGACGAGGACAUGAGAAUGACGGCAUGA